CACUUCCUCCUCAUUCUUUCAUCACCCAAACACUUUGUCCACGAUAACCCUCUCUUCCCUCCUUUCCUCCUUUUCCACUCUGUAAUCUUGUUCCUCGGCACGCUCGGACAGUGCUCUGUAAUAAGUGGCCUUGAAUGGUUCUCCAUCUGGCAUCACCGCAUGGGCUGGAGUCGGGUUGUGUUGACGUUGGCGUGACUGUGGCGCGUUCGCUCAUCAUCUAAUAUUGAUUUGAAUCCGCCCAAAACACGUCCUCUUGAGCCUCUUUUGUGUACCGCUCAUCAGGGACGGGUGCAUUGGGUGCAUUAUUAGUGCUUGUUUCCUUCAGACUGGUCCAUACUAGAGAAGAGUGAUCUGAGUGGGAAGUUGGUCUUUGUUUGCACGGUUCGAAGUGCGGGCAAAUCCAAGAAGAAGGCUCUUUUUUUUUCCUGUCUUGGGGGCGGUGGUUGCAGGUGCACAGGCAAAAAGGCAGAAGGCCACAGGCGCAGGCGGCAGGGCAGCCCCUACACAGAAAACCCGUCGACCACCAGAAAACAAAUCACCUUGUUUCCCAGCCUGAGAGAGACUGGACUGAACAGCCAAAAAAGAAAACCAGAAAAUAACACUAACACGCUGUGUACCCGGGAACGGCAAAUUAAAUUCUACGGUCUCUACUGCUGCUUGGGAUUCUACGGAGUACAUCACAAAGUCCCUCAAAGCCGUCAAAGCCUCAGUUGCCUUGGCCAGGCCGGCAGACGCCGCACUUCGCCUUGCCGUUGAUGCACCUGAGCGCGUGUUGCGGCCUGUGAGCGGCAACCUUUUCUCGGCAUAAGCCCCAAACCUUUGCUCCCUGCCACUGCGACGCAGCGAACGCUUCUGGGCCCCUUGACGAGUAUUUUUCAGAUUUGGCUUUUGGUCAGACCGGCUUUUAUUCACGUGACUAGUCGGAAACGAAACUCUGAAGGACCUUGACCACGUGACUGAACCCUCCGGGUGAACCGCCUUCCCCGUCUCUGCAUGCUGGUCGAUCUUCAUCGCCAUGGACCCAUCCACCAACUCGUCACUCAACGGUGCGCAGCAUGCAAAAGGUCAAUCGUACGGCUUGCUCGAUGGCAUCCAGGCCUAUGCAGGCUCUGACAGUCUGCACAAUGGAGAGGAUCUGUCUCGCUUUUUCGACCCUGAUCUGUUCGAUUCCACCACCCUUGGCAGCAGCUAUGCGCAACCCUCGUUGUCAAUGUCGCAGGACUACGAUACCAACGCACGCCGGCAAUCGGGUACGCCAGAUGUACAACAGUACACUGUCCCCCAGCAGACUUUCUCCCACCAUCAGUACUCUCAACCAUUCUACGACUCUCGCCCGAUGAGCCAACCCAACUAUGAUCCCCGGUUCUAUUCGGGGCCCUCUCCUUCGCCCGUGGGGUUCGAUGGCGGCUACCCGUAUCAAUCUCAGAUGGGCUACCCCAAUCAGCAAUUCGGCGCCCAGCAGCUGAGCAUGCAACAACGACAAACCCCCACUCCUUCACAGAAUUAUCCUCCAAGACAGCAACAUCAACAACCGCAACAACCACAGCCGCAACAGUCAACGUUCGUCAACAUCGGGCCACGUCCUACACAACUGUCACAUGUUCAGAGCACUGACAUGAGGCGCUUCGGGGCCUUCCAAGAUCCGACUCAUCAGCCUUCGAAUCAUUUUGUGGAUCCUUCGUUGUUGAACGCGAAUCAGAUGAUGCAUACAAACAACAACCACCCUUUCCAGACGCAGCAACCCUUUAUGGCGACUCCGUACUUCAAGUCGGCCUCAACAGUGGAUCCGAGAUCCUUGCAAGGUGGUCAACCCCUGCAGCCUAUGCCGCCAGCCACGUCACAAACACCACGCCCAGGUACUGAGAUCGAGAUAGGCGAUCAACGUCAGCUAACAUGGGCAGGGGUUUCUAUCCAGCCAAAGCCCGAACAAGAUGCGAAGGCGACAGCUGCGAAACCCCAAGAUGCGCCCAAGAAGAAAAGGGUUCGGCCGAGAAAGGAUGCAUCUGCGAAGCCUGACGGCCACUCCUCAGAAUCUGAGACGGAUUCUGACGACGACUUGGAGAUCGAGGAUGAGGAGCCAGAAGUGACUCCCGCCUUGCUGAGCGUAUCCAUGCCAACCGAUGAACGGGGGAAAGCCCUUUAUAAUGCAGUGCAAGCUGUUUGGACCCCCCGCAACCGAUCGGCUUCCCCCGAAAAGAUUCGUGGUGGCAUUGCCGGCUUUGGUGAGGUCGUACGAGGCUUGAGAGACGCUUGGAAGACGAAGAAUGAAAGUCUGAGAAAGGCAGAGCUUCCUGAUUCUCCUUCGGCUGCCGACGCUCCCAGGUUGAAGGAAGAAGUUGCACGAUAUCGCCAAGUUAUGGAAACCGUCAUGAUGAGGUCCUUGAUGUAUGGCCAUCCGGCCAUAGUCAAUAGACUAGGUGAAAAUCAGUUCACAAUGUCAGCCUUGUACUCGUUCAUGCUCGACAGAUUCAACGCAGCGGAUUACGAUAGUGCUCUUGUCAGCUCGAUCCUCAAGUUUGUCGUCAAAUUUGGCACGCUUGAUACGGAAAUGCUAGAAAAGACGAAGCUGUCAAAGAUCCUCCAGCGUCUGACAAAGAAAGCCACAAGUGAAGUCAAGACGUUGGCACAGACUAUUCUUGAUAAUGCCCUAGCGGCGACGGCGAAGAAGACUUCCAACACUCACGACAAGAAGGCUGACAAGCCGGCAUCACCUAGGUCUGUUGGAAGCCCAGCAGAUGGGACUCGAAAAGAGGGCGCGACAGGGGUCAAGCGUCUCCGAGAAGGCGAUGUGUCUGCUCAGCCGGUUCUGAAAAAGGUCGCAAAAUUGAUUCCUCAGUCCUCAAAACCCUUAGCCCUUCAGAACGCCGAACGUAGAAAGGCGUUGGAAGCCGCACAUGCGGCGAAGGUUGGAGAGAAGGCGACUACUGCCCCAGCAGGAACGACAGCCAAUCCAACCACGAAAGCAAAAGUGGCCGUAGCUGCUCCUCCAAAAACCUCAAUCUUCGCGGCUUUGGCAUCGGUUCCCAAGAAGCCAGGCACCUCAAACGCAGAACGAGCCGCUGCGGCUGCUAAAGAGAAGGCUGCCUCAACGGCAUCCCCUUCUCUGGCUCCGGCUCAGCCCGUGAAGAAACCAAACACGGGCAAAGAAUCACCGCCACGAAAUGGCGGCUCCGGUCCUGUCACAAAGGCGGCGACCGCGUCAUCCUUCAUGGGCUUGCUGGCUGACAUGGAGAAAAAGCCUGAGAAAGAGGCAAAGAAGGAAGACGAGAUCUUGAACGAGACGGAAGAACAGAAGACCAAGCGACUGCGGAAGGAAGCUCGUCGGAAACUUCGUGUCACCUGGAAGGCAGAUGCAGAGCUCGUCGAGACUCGCCUCUUCACCCAUGAUCCCGAUGAAGAGCUUGACCAGGGCGACCGUCUGAAACGCGACGCUCGAGACACAGGUCGUGAAGGCGAAGCGCUCAAACAUAAGGAGAAUAUGGACGAUCUCGACGACGAAGAAGAUGAGGAUUCUUUCGAAGAAUUGGAGCCAUAUACGCCACCAUCCGAGGUGGACUUUAGUUACCUUGAAGAUGCUUCUCUUGGGGACGACUCACCACACAAAAUCAAUUCACUCAAGUUCGGCGGGUCUAUGAAACCUGCCAGCCCUAGCAAUGAAGCGCAGAAUAAAUUCGAGCAAGACACACUCAUGGCACUCUACACUUCCAAGGCCGAUCGUCCGCCGACACCAAAGGAGCCCGAUGAAACCAACGAGGACGAAGGAGAUUUUGAGCCUGCCGAACCCGAAACUCCUUUCGGAGAACCCGAGGAAAAGACUCGUCGACGGGAGAAGGAGUAUCUGGCACGACAAGUCCGAACGCAACCCGCCACAGAUCUUGCGGCACAGAUUCAAGCCAUGUCCGCCCCACAGAUAUCUCAACCACAAUCAGGAGCCAUUCCUCCAGAGCUUCAACGUGCUCUCAGCAUGUUGGGUCGGCCGAAUCAGCCGAAUCAGCCGAACACUGCCCCGCAAGCUGCGCCGGGUGCAAAUGUGAACCUGCAAGCGAUCCUUCAGACAGUCCUUGGCAACCAAUCGCAAGGUCAAAGCCAACAGCCUCAGUACCCAGCCGUUAGCCAGGCUGCGGCUCUGGGACCAAAUCUAGGCGCACUCUGGGCUUCGAUGCAACAAGGUGCUCAAACGGCUACAUCUGCCAGUGCGCUCCCUCCGGGCAUGGGCGGCAACCCUAACUCCUACGUCGCUGACUUCGACGACACCUCACGCAAACACGGCCGAAGCGACUCCAAUGAUAAUGACAAUGAAUAUGGCAGAAAAGGCGGAACCAAGAAGAAGAAGGCCGACUCCAAACCAUACCUCUACAAGACUCAAACCUGCUCGUUCUGGGAGCAAGGCAAAUGUCUCAAGGGCGAUGCUUGCACAUAUCGUCACGGCGACGAAGACGAACACUAACGCAGUUGCAUUUUGCUGCACCUCAUCUCAUACCACUUUCCACUGUACACUACUAUCAUCUUAUGCGCUUAUGAGUUUUUCACUGAGCGAGUCCGACAACCAACCUUAUUUAUUCCAUCAUUUCUCCUUUCCAAAAGCGAGUCCGAUUCUCGGAGGCAGGCAGGCAGGCACGUAUGUAGAUGACACUACUGUCAUGGUCGGAUAGAGAUGGCUUCUCUCAUGUCACAAGGGCGCAAUCUACCGCUUCUCGCCAACAGAUAGCAUUUAAGCUGGAGUCACACAUUGGCCAAAUCCAUGGCUCGAAUGGGGGUAGGGGCUGGCAGAGAACGAUGCAAAGCUGCUUUCAAUGACAUGUAUUCAAAUAGCUAUUCUUUCUCCCUUCAAUGCCAUCACAGACUUGCGA